UCUCCCGGCGUGCAUCGCGCGGUGCGCGGAGCUGCGCGCGGAACCGAGCAGGAUGAACCUGGAGCGCGUAUCCAAUGAGGACAAACUGCGGCUGUGCCGGAAGUACUACCUGGGGGGCUUCGCACUGCUGCCCUUCCUGUGGUUGGUGAACGUCCUCUGGUUCUUCCGUGAGGCCUUCAUGGCCCCCCCUUACGGACAGCAGCCCCUCAUCAAGACAUACGUCCGCCGCUCGGCGCUGGGGGUGGGGCUGUGGGCGUUGGCACUGGGGCUGUGGGUGGGGGCCUUCCAGAGCCGCCGGGGGGAAUGGGGGGCUUUGGGGGAGCGCCUGGCCUUCACUUUGCCCCUUGGGACCCCCUGAGGGCCCCUCCCCCCCCAAAUUAAGGGGACCCCCCCCACAAAGGGACCCCCCAAAGGAGAUCACCCCUUGAGACCCCUCCCCAAAAAGGGUACCCCCCCCGCCCCUUAAAGGACCCACCCCCCCCGAAGGAGAUCACCCCUUGAGACCCCUCCCCAAAAAGGGGGACCCCCUCCCCCCCCAAAGGGACCCCCUACCCCUUAAAGGCCCCCCUCCCCCAAAGGAGAUCACCCCUUGAGACCCCUCCCCAAAAAGGGGAGCCCCAAAGGACCCCCCCCCCCCCCAAAGGAGAUCAUCCCCUCAGGGCCCCCCCCACAUUAAGGGGAGCCCCCCAAGGACUGCCCUCCCCAAAGGAUCCCCCCCCCCUCCAAAGAUCACCUCCUGAGACCCCCCCUCAAAAAGGGGAGCCCCUCUCCUCCGAGGGGACCCCCCCUCCAAAAAGGGGAUCCCCCUUCCCCCCCCCAGGGAGACCCAUGGGACCCCCCCCAAAAGAGGUCACCCCUGAGACCCCCCCCCACCCCCCCAAAAAGGGGAGCCCUCCCCUAAGAGGCCCUUCUAAAUGAGAUCCCUCUCCCAUAAAGGGGACCCCCCCCAAAGAGCCCCCCCCCCCAAAUGAGACCCCCCAAAAAGGGGACCCCCCCCAAAAAAGGGGAGCCCCCCCACAAAGGCCCUCACCCCAGAAAGGGGGACCCCCCCCCCACCCCCCCAUGAAGAGGACCUGGAGGAGACUGCAGGAUUCGUUCCCGCGCUGCCUUCGCUUUUUUUUUAAUGAAUAAACCCUCCAGGCCACGCCCCCCUCCUUCACGCACCAACCAA